AUGAUCACCAGAGAUUUGAUAACAGGGAUGAUCUUCUUAUUUCAAACUGUCUCUGGAACCCUGGGGAAUUUCUCUCUUCUUUCCCAUUAUCUCUACCUCUACUUCACAGGAUGCAAGUUUAGGCCCACAGAUUUGAUCAUCAAACACCUGACUGUAGCCAACUGCUUAGUCAUUCUCUCAAAAGGAGUCCCCCAAACCAUGGCAGCUUUGGGGAUGAAGCAUUUCCUCAGUGAUACGGGGUGCAAGCUUGUGUUCUAUGUGCAUAGAGUGAGCACGGAUGUGUCCACUGGCACCACCUGCAUGUUGAGUAUCUCCCAGGCCAUCACCAUCAGUCCCAGGAACCCCAGAUGGGCAGAGCUUAAAGCAAAAGCUCCCAAGUACAUUGGGUCCUGCAAUAUCCUCUGCUGGAUGCUGAAUCUGAUACUAAAUGCUAUGGUGCCUGUCUAUGUGACUGGGAAAAGUAAUGACAAUAAUACUACAAAGAAAACAGAUUAUGGCUACUGUCAUUCUGUGAAUCCUGGCAAAUUCACAGAGUCCCUGUAUGUAGCUCUGAUAUUUUUCCGAAAUAUUCUCUUUGUGGGCUUCAUGCUGUGGGCCAGCAGUUUCAUGAUUUUCACCCUGUACAGGCACAAGCAGCAGGUACAAUACAUCCAUAGGACCAACAUCACAUCCAGGUCCUCCCCAGAGUCCAGAGCCACACACAGCAUCCUCGUCCUGGUGAGCACCUUUGUGUCUUUGAGCACUCUCUCCUCCAUCUUCCACAGCUGCUUGACUGUUUUAAAUAAUCCCAGUGUGUGGCUGGUGAACACCUCUGCACUAGUUGCUGGGAGUUUCCCUGCUGUGAGCCCCUAUGUUCUCAUGAGCCAUGACUCCAGAGUGCCCAGGCUCUGCUGUGCCCACACGAGAAAUACAGAAUCCCCUACAUUUUAG